UCACCCCGCUGCAGCGCUGUGCUCUGGAUUGGUGCUCCUUUCUAUAAUUUCUAUGGAAACCCAUGUACUGAAUGGGUUGGAAUAAGCUUUAAACCAUCUGCUCUCCCCCUAAUUAUAAACGCGAUCAGAGGAACAUGUUUCACCAUGACAUCACUACAAAUGUUCUCCUUUUCUUCCUUGUGGAGCCAUCUGUGAUUAUGUCCUCAUGUGCCAAACAUAAUAAAGGGGCUCUGUGGGUGGGGCGGGGAGACGCAGGCCGGAUCCCGAAGGGAGGCCGGGAAUCUGCUGACAGCACCGCUUCGAUUUUCUUUAAGAGGAGGACAGCGCCGUGGGAGGAUUCGCCCCCUUUACCUGAUCGCCAGGGCUGCCCGGGGAGAGCCGAAGGCUGACGUCAGCAGAAAGCCAUGAAGGGCUCCCAGCGCUGGAAAGGGUCCCACUCCAGGAGCAAUUUUUUGGAUUUCACUGAGAAGGAGAAAGAAAAGAUGGCAGAGGACGAGCUGAGGAAGCUGCAGCAGCAUUUUCGUAUCAUGGUGGAAAAGCGGAAGUCUUUUGGUGUCAAGGUGCUACAGCAGAUGUACCAUCAGGAAAAACAAAUACAUUCACUGAAGCAGGAACACGACGAGAUGGCAUUACUGCUGAGCCUUGCUAAGUCACCCAGGAAUAUGAUGCUGGAUGUCAGAAACUGUAUGGAGCUUAAAUACCUUUUGCAGACUAGAGAUGAGUAUGAUUCUCUGAUAAAAGCAACAAAAGCGCUGAUAGCUGAACUCGAUGAGAAGGUAAUGGAGAUGGAGAACAAGAUAGAAAAACAAAACCUUGUUGUGGCCAAGGUGAAGGAAGCAAAUGACAGCAAAGAGCUGCAAAAGAAGAUUCAGAGGCUGGAGACUCGUUUGAAUCACGUCACAGUCCAUUUCGAUACAGUCUUGACCAUGAACACCAAACUCAGAGAAGAGAUUGAGACCCUGCGAGUUCAGAAGGCCGUCUUUGACAACAACUACAUCAAACUCCACAAGAAAUUUGAUCAGCAAAAGAGAAUGAUGGAAAAUGCGACUGAGCAGUCCUCACAAGCCUAUGAUCAGCGGGUGGAGGCUCUGGACAGGAUCUCAGCCAUGAAGGACAAGCACUACAAAGACACUGUGCAGUUUAACAUCGAGUUCAGGGAGCUGGAGCGAAUCUUCGACCAUGAGACCAAGCUGAAGUCUUUCAUGGUCGUCAAGCUCGUGGAUCGCUCUGACUUCGAGGACCAGGUCAAGAGGGAAGAAGCCUUCAAAGCCAGCAAACGUGCCAAGAAGAGCAAAGGGGAAAGCUUUGAGAGCUAUGAGGUUUCUUAUAUACGCCUGCUCCAGAUGACAGAGAAUGGGGACAUUGGCCAGCUGGUAGAAGAGUUCAUUGAGAAGGAGGAGAAGAACUUUGCCUACUUCAGCUACGCCACCGAACUCAACAAUGAGAUGGAGAGACUGCAGAAGAGGAUUGAGGAUAUUCAGAGUGAAAUCCUUCACCUGAAGUCACAACAGAAGGAUGCCAAAACCACAAGCCACGUCUCUCUGAAGGAGCUGGAAAGGAAGCUGAAGAAAACCAGUGAGGAAGCUGACCUGUAUGAGUUAACCUGCAAGGAGGGCGGCAAAGUCUUGGACCAGCUCAAAUCCGCUGUAGCCUUUCUGUUCAAGCAAACAAACUGCGAUGCCACAAAGAUAAAGGAGCAGCUUGGAGAGAGUGAUGAGAUCACUGACCUGAACCUGAUGCAGUACUUUGGUGUCAUAGAAAAGAAGACCAAUGACCUACUGCUCACAGAGGCUUUUGUGCGCUACAAGGAGUUCGAAGGAGAGCGGGACUCGUCUCCUCUCUUGAAUCCAUUUUUAGGUGGCUCAUCACUCCUGAAAUCUAUGGAUUCUAACAAGAUGGCACUGCCUCCCCCUCCCAUUGAGCAUGUGGCAGACAUCUUGGAGGACUUUGAUAACCCUUUGGACCAUGACAGUAUACGUGACCUGAUUCUUGGGAACUCCGAGACAGACCAGUCCAGGAGCAGUUCAGUGGACAAAGGCCAGAAGAGAGAAGUGAGCUUCUAGGGCACAGAGA